ACCUCCAUGUCUCCUCUUUUUUCAUAAUCUCGUUAGCAGGGAAUUGAAACUCUGCGUUUUGAGAGAAGGCGGCUCUUAAGCAUCGUCUUUGGCCGUGAAGAACACCAACACAAUCACUCUCUCACUCUUCAGAUCCGUGCGUGUGGCUGAAUCGCCAUGGCCAUGGCGAUUAGGGUUUUUCUCAUCCUUCUACUCUUUCUCUCAUCUACUAAUCUCAGCUCUUCGCUUUACGAAGAUCAAGUUGGUCUCAUGGACUGGCAUCAACAGUAUAUUGGGAAAGUAAAGCAAGCUGUGUUCCAUACUCAAAAGACCGGAAGAAAGCGUGUUUUAGUGUCUACGGAAGAGAAUGUAGUAGCUUCGCUUGAUCUUCGUCAUGGAGAGAUUUUUUGGAGGCAUAUUCUUGGGACCAACGAUGUUAUUGACGGACUUGAUAUUGCCCUCGGAAAAUAUGUCAUUACACUUUCAUCGGAUGGAAGUAUAUUGAGAGCAUGGAACCUUCCUGACGGACAGAUGGUUUGGGAGUCUUCCCUUCAGGGCUCAAAGGCAUCAAAGUCAUCAAAGUCCUUAUUAUACAUUCAGAAAAACUUGAAAGCUGAGAAGGAUGAUUUGAUCCUUGUUUUUGGUAGAGGGUGCCUCCAUGCUGUUUCCAGCAUAGACGGUGAAGUUCUCUGGAGGAAAGAUUUUGAGGGUGAAAGCAUUGAGGUCAGCCAUAUUAUUCACUCAACUGAUGUGAUCUAUGUAUCUGGUUUUGUUGGUUCUUCAAAGUUUUAUAUGUAUGAACUGAAUGCUAAAAAUGGAGAGUUAUUAAAGAAUGGUCAUGCAACACUUCCCUGUGGUACUUUUGGGGAAUUAUUAUCUGUGUCAGGUGAUAAGUUUGUGGUAUUGGAUGAUAUGAGGUCAAAGAUAUUAACAAUAAUCAUCAAGAGUGGAGAGAUUAGCUACAACCAGAAGCAGAUCUCAGAUCUCACCAAGGAUUCAUCCGGACAGGCAGUAAUAUUACCAACAAAGCUUUCAGAAUUGUUUGCAUUAAAUACCAAUUCACAUGUUCUUUUAAUUAAAGUGACAAAUGAAGGUGACUUAGUGUUGGUGGACAAAGUUCAUAAUGCAGCAGCUUUUAGUGAUGCCCUGUCAAUUUCAGAGGGGCAGCACGCUUUUGCAUUUGUUCAACACGGAGACAACAAAAUUCACCUCUUUGUAAAGGAUGUUAAUGAUUGGAAUGCCGAUUUGCUUAAGGAAAGUAUCGUAAUAGACCGUCAAAGAGGGAAUAUUGAUAAGAUUUUUAUAAACAAUUAUGUGAGGACAGAUAGAACACAUGGUUUUAGAGCAUUGAUGGUAAUGGAGGAUCAUUCACUCUUGUUAGUACAACAAGGAGAAAUUGUCUGGAGUAGAGAGGAUGGUCUUGCAUCAGUUGUGGAUGUAACAACGUCAGAACUACCUGUGGAAAAGGAAGGUGUAUCAGUGGCAAAAGUUGAACAGAACCUCUUUGAAUGGCUUAAGGGACAUGUGCUGAAGCUCAAAGGAACUUUAAUGAUUGCAAGCCCUGAGGAUGUAGUAGCUAUUCAAGCACUGAGGUUGAGGAGUUCUGAGAAAAGCAAGAUGACCCGGGAUCAUAAUGGCUUUCGUAAGUUGCUUAUAGUACUUACAAGGGCAGGAAAGGUUUUUGCUUUGCACACCGGAGAUGGACGUGUAGUUUGGUCUAUUCUACUUCAUACUCUACGCAGAUCAGAAGUGUGUGAAAAUCCUGUUGGGCUUAACAUAUAUCAGUGGCAGGUUCCACAUCAUCAUGCAUUGGAUGAGAAUCCAUCUAUCCUUGUAGUUGGGCGAUGUGGACCAAGUUUGGCUGCACCAGCUGCUCUUUCUUUUAUUGAUGCGUACACAGGGAAGGAACUCAAUUCUUUGAAUCUUGCUCAUACUGUUGCUCAAGUCAUUCCACUGCCUUAUACUGAUUCUACUGAACAGCGUCUGCAUCUAAUUAUAGAUGUUAACCAACAUGCAUAUUUAUACCCAAGAACACCUGAAGCUAUUAACAUUCUGCAACGUGAGUUUUCAAAUAUGUACUGGUACUCAGUUGAGGCUGAUAAUGGUGUUAUCAGAGGUCAUGCCUUGAAGAGCAAGUGCAUUGGCGAAGUAGGGGAUGAAUACUGCUUUGACUUCAGGGAUUUAUGGUCUAUUGUAUUCCCAUCUGAAUCAGAAAAGAUUAUUACAACAGUGACAAGAAAAUCAAAUGAGGUUGUUCAUACUCAAGCAAAGGUUAUGACAGACUACGAUGUUAUGUAUAAGUAUAUAUCAAAGAAUGUACUUUUUGUCGCAAAUGCAGCACCAAAAGCCAAGGGAGAAAUUGGAACAGCAAGCCCAGAAGAGGCAUGGCUGGUCAUCUAUAUCAUUGAUACCGUGACUGGUCGCAUAUUGCAUCGCAUGACUCAUCAUGGUUGCCAGGGUCCUGUCCAUACUGUAUUUAGUGAAAACUGGGUUGUCUACCAUUAUUUUAAUCUCAGAGCACACAGAUAUGAGAUGUCAGUUGUUGAGGUCUAUGAUCAGUCUCGAGGGGAUAAUAAAGAUGUUUGGAAGUUUGUUCUUGGGAAACAUAAUCUUACGUCGCCCAUCUCCUCUUACUAUCGACCAGAAGUCAUAACAAAAUCGCAGUCAUACUUCUUUACCCAUUCUGUGAAAGCAAUUGCAGUGACUUCAACGGCGAAGGGUAUAACGUCUAAGCAGCUUCUUAUUGGAACAAUCGGUGAUCAGGUUCUGGCACUUGACAAACGCUUUUUGGAUCCCCGGCGCACACUUAAUCCCUCACAAGCUGAGAAAGAAGAAGGGAUUAUUCCUCUUACUGAUUCGUUGCCCAUCAUUUCUCAGUCCUAUAUUACCCAUUCCCUUAAGGUGGAAGGUCUACGAGGUAUAGUAACAGUACCUGCCAAGCUGGAGUCUACAUCCCUCGUCUUUGCCUAUGGAGUAGAUCUAUAUUUUACCCAGAUUGCUCCUUCUAGAACUUACGAUUCACUAACUGAAGAUUUCAGCUAUGCUCUACUUCUUUUAACUAUUGUUGCACUCGUAGCAGCAAUAUUUGUCACUUGGGUAUUAUCAGAGAGGAAAGAUCUCCAAGAGAAAUGGAGAUGAUCCCUCCUCCAUUUUUGCCCUAUAAUUUCUCUAAAUUUGAAGUUUUAAGUAGGUUUAUCAGUUUUCUUUGUUAGUUAAGUUCGGAGGUCCACUGAAUUCUUGUAGCUUGAAUUGCAGAAGUAAUGUAGAAUACCAUUACAUUGCAUUGUUUGAGGUUAAAUGGAGGAUUCUUUUAAUUUUAAUGAUGUAAAUUAAGGAGUACGAAAGAGAAUCACAACUUUCGAGGCCAGUUGUGUCGUGAAAUAAGUAUCGCAGGCUUAUGUUGACAUAUUUUGUUUUCCGUAUUCUAAAUGCAGUGUUUCAUCUACAACUACGAGGUUUAAACAAAUGUUGUAGAUCUCCUUUCCAACCAUUUUCCUUUUCUGAUUAAUUACAGAUUCAGUUCUUAAUUGUAGUUUUCUUUUAAUUGCUUUGAUAUGAAUAUGCCGACGAACAAUUUUUAC